CAGUCCUCUAUUCACCCACUCUCAACAAUUUCACUCUUACAACAAGUCUAACGUCUAUCUUUAACUUACACUCAAAAUGCACCCUCAGUCGAUCUUCAGUGCCUUCAUGGCUCUUGCUGCCACUGGAAUGGCUGCUCCCACCGAGGCCCUCAACCACCUCCACGCCCGCGCCGUGGUCAACCAUGACUCCCUCAAUCCCAUAGGCAAAACUAUCCGAAACGAUAAGGUCGGCGCCGCUAUCGAUAGGUGGCAGCCUUUGCUCCACAUUGCCGACGGUUGUCAGCCAUACACUGCUGUUGACGCCAACGGCAACGUCAGCGGUGGACUUCAGGACAGUGGUAGCAAGACUGGUGGCUGUAAGGACACGACCAAGGGCCAGACUUAUGCACGUGCCGGCAUGCACAACGGCAAGCUGGCCAUCAUGUACGCUUGGUACUGGCCCAAGGACCAGCCUGCUGAUGGCAAUCUCGUCAGUGGCCAUCGCCAUGAUUGGGAGAACGUCGUCGUCUUCAUCGACAACUAUGAGUCUCCAUCGGCUACCCUCUACGCUGCUGCUGCCUCCGGCCACGGUGACUACAAGAAGACUAAGAACCCCCAGAGGAGCGGCAAUAAUGUCAUGGCUGAGUAUUUUACCAGCCUUGGUAAGAACCACGAGCUCCAGUUCAAGACUAGCCCCGGCCGUACCUACUGGAUUUAUGAGUGGACUGCCAUGACCCCCGCUGCUCGCCAGGGUCUCAUUACCGGCCCUUCGGGUAACCCUGAUGAGCCAUGGGGUAGUGCCAACGUCCCUUUCAUCGACGCUAACUUUGGAAACAACCUCGCCAAGGCCUGGUCUUGAAGGACCUGAGGAGGGGAGUAGAAACGAUUGGCCUUUUCUUUCUCUUACUAGAUCUUCCGACUUUUCCUGACAGAUGAUCUUGAAAAUUGACUGGGUUCCCAUUUCCUCAUGAGUUAUGGGACUGGUAGUGUUUUUUAUAACAGAC